AUGUGUUUGGUGGAUUUCCACAGACCUCCACGCAGGGCCGAUGGCAGCGAGCGCACGGGCGAGGAAAACCUAGGAGCGGCCCGAUUUCGCAGUCCACAGCAAUCUGAGGAGGGUGUUGAUUACCAAUUUCGGGCCAGUCGCGCAACCCUAGGUGGCUAUUUCCUGCGAGAUGCAUCAGGCUUCAACCAUGAAUUUCAGAGACGAGGGCCCGAUCGAGAGGACUCAAGCUUCACUGGGCUCGGACAGCCGCGCCGCCGCUGGGACGACGGGUACGAGGCGGCAGGCUAUGGCGGCGCAACCCGACGACGCACGAAGGUGCCUACUGGGUUGUCUUUUUUUGAUUCCAAGGGGACAAAUUUUCGGCGUACUGAGGCGGGCUGGGGUCGCGUGGGGCGGCGCAUCGGUGAGGAUGCCGGCGACUACCAUCGUCGAGUUACCUGUUCGGACGAACUUACCCUAGGCGAUUUCUGGCCACGCGCACAACGGAGGCCAGACGGAGGGCGUGCAGCGGAUUGGGAAUUGGACGGCCGACGCGCCGCUGAGGAAUGUCCCGAUGGACCUGGGCACGACCGGCGAGGCACCGACGCCGGAUUGGCAGAGGCGCAGCGACGGGAAGGGAGAGGUGGAAGGAUUUGCGAUUUGUGCGUUGUGCAGAGAGAGAUCGAUGGGCAGAGACGCGAAGUAGAGCUCGAGAAUUAUCUUCACCAUUUUGGGCCUUUGCAAGGGCGGCCCAGUUCCGUUAAUUUGGACCAAGUGAGAGAUGAUUUUAUUCCAUAUUUUUGGGCCAGUGAAGUGGCUGCGGCAAUUGGGCUUGAACAGUUUUUCCGGAUCAACUCACCAAUCCAUAAAUAUGGGUUGAUUUGGACAAUGAGGAUUGUGUUAGUGCAGGCCCAUUUAUAUGCGGACCUCUUCAACUCUAUUCAAGCUGCAUGCCGGGCUGGCCUCCAAAGCGGUUCAGUUCGGGCCAGAGCUAUAACAAUCGCCAUGUUCACGAGACGUUUGUUGCAGAAGGCCGUCCGUCGUCGUCAUCAGUUCCAAGAAAAGGGUUUACUGACGUCGGAAGACGUGAAUGUUCGGAUCGAUGUGCACUAUGGGAUUCCUUCCACGGCGUCGAUUGUUGCUUGUGAUCAGAUACAGCGCCUGCUGGCGAUUGGCACAUUGGAUGGUAGGAUUAAAGUAAUUGGUGGUGAUAAUAUUGAAGGGCUUCUGAUUUCACCAAAGCUUUCGCCUUACAAAUACUUGGAGUUUCUGCAGAAUCACGGAUUCUUAGUUAGCAUCACAAUUGACAAUGAUAUUCAGGUUUGGGAUCUGCAGAGGAGGUCAAUAGCUUGUAGUUUACAGUGGGAGUCUAACGUAACCGCUUUCUCUGUAAUCAGCGGCUCGUCUUUUAUUUAUGUUGGUGAUGAAUAUGGAUUGAUAUCUGUCCUGAAGUAUGAUCUGGAUAGUGGACAGCUUCUGCAAAGUGGUUAUCGACUAACUCCAGAUUCUCUUGCUGAAGCAGCUGGUAUCUCAUUCACGAAUCAGCAACCUGUUGUUGGACUUCUUCCUCAGCCUUUGUUAUUGAUUGCUUAUGCUAGUGGGGUAAUUAUUCUCUGGGAUGUGGUAGAAGCACAUGUAGCUGUUGUUCGAGGUGACAAGGCCCUCCAAUUGAAAGACACAGUUAUUCACCCAAAUGAUGCAGAUUCCAAUCCUAUAGAUGAUUCACCUUCCCAUGAAUUUGAAGAGAAAGAGAUCAGUGCUCUGUGUUGGGCAUCUACCGAUGGAUCUAGUGUUGCAGUUGGGUAUGUAGAUGGGGAUAUUUUAUUUUGGAAUACAUCAAAAGAUUCUUAUAUAAAAAAUCGGGAAGCUGGUAUGCCACCGAAUGUUGUCAAGCUACAGUUGUCCUCUGCUGAGAAGAGGCUCCCUGUUGUUGUUUUGCAUUGGUUAGACCACAGCAAAUCCCGUAACAGUCGAGAAAGUCAACUUCUUGUAUAUGGUGGUGAUGAGAUAGGAUGCGAAGAAGUUGUUACGGUUCUGAAUCUUGAGUGGUCACCUGGAAUGGAAUCAGUAAAAUGCACAAGUCGUGUGGACCUCACUCUUACUGGAUCUUUUGCGGAUAUGAUUUUGAUACCUUCUGCUGGUACAACUGGGAAUGAUACAGAUGCAUCUCUGUUUGUAUUGAUGAACCCGGGUCGUAUACAUAUUUACGAUACAGGCAGUCUGUCUUUGUCAGAAGAAACCACCUCUCCUGUAAAUUUUCCUGCAUGUAUACCGACUUCUGAUCCAUCGAUGACUGUGGCUGAGAUUUUUGAUAUGUAUAGAAGCAUUGAGGUUGUAGGAUCCAAGAUAAGUUCAACAAAUUCAGCUUUGAUGCUGCCUGGGAAUAAAAAGUGGCCCUUAAAUGGGGGUGUAAUUAACCGUGUAUCUUCCACUGAAGAUGGCAAAGCCCAGAUUUUGUAUGUAGCAGGCUAUCAGGAUGGAUCUGUUCGAAUCUGGGAUGCGACUUAUCCUGUUUUCUCACUCCUCAGUGUUUUGACAAAUGAGUUUAACAGUGAAAAUUCUGGUGCCUCAUUGACAGCCCUUGAUUUAUCCCCUGCCACUUUGAGAUUAACUGUUGGCAGUGUAUGCGGCAUGGUCCGAAUUUACAACCUUUGUAGCAGUGGUGAAACAAGACUUCAUCUUGUUUCAGAAACUAAAACUGAAGUUCACAAUUCUGCCCAAGUCCAAGGACCUAGAUGCGAAGCUGUAUUCAACCUUGACAAAUCAGGAGUCCGUUCAUUGAAAUUCACAGACGAUGGCUCCAAACUUAUCGUUGGAUAUGAAUGCUCUCGAGUGGUAGUGAUAGAUGUGCAUUUGUUUUCUGUUGCAUUUAUGACCGAAUCCAUUCACAACUCCCCAGUGAUAUCGAUAUUCUGUAAAGCCAUUGUUUAUGAAGCAGCUAAACACACCAAUGAGUCUGCACCAAAAGUUCCACAUUACUGUACAGAAGAAUGCAUAUUUUUAUUAACCGAAGGCGCAAGUAUAUAUGUUAUCAACAGUAAUAAUGGUAGCAUGAUUAGCUCCAAGCCUAUACAGUUGAAGAAGUCAACAGCUGUUUCAUUGUAUGUUAUAGGCAGGUAUUUCUUCCUAAUGGUGAUUUAUUCUCUUUCUCUCGAUUAUAUGCCUUUCUCUAACUGCUUUUAUGCUUCAGAAAGUAAUCCGGGAGGUCCCGAUUCUGAUGAUAAACAACCGCAGCUAAAUGAUGAUACCAUAAGAAAUGAACUUUCUCAAAAUGAAGCUCAAGAUAGUGAAAAAUAUGAAACUGGCGACCACACUUUGGAUAAAAAUAAAGAUUUCCGUUUACAUAGUUUGAAGGAGUUAUAUGUCUUGCUUUGUUGUAAAGAUUCACUGCGUAUAUACCCAGCCAAGGCUGUGGUCCGUGGAGAAAAUAAACCUAUGUGUAAAGUCAAACUUUCAAAGCCCUGCUGUUGGACUACAGUUUUCAGGAAAUCUGAAAACGUUUAUGGCUUGGUAGUAUUCUAUGAGACAGGAGUGAUUGAGAUCAGAUCGUUGCCUGGUUUGGAAUUGGUUAUAGAAUUUCCUUUGAUGUCUUACUUAAGGUGGAAUGUCAAGGCAAACAUGGAAAGGAUGAUUAGCUCUACUGAAAAUUUACUUCUUACCUUGGCAAAUGGCUUCGAAGUGGCUUUUAUUUCUUUAUUAGAGGGUGAAAAUGACUUGAGAAUUCCAGAAAGCCUGCCUAGCCUUCAUGAUGAAGUUCUUGCAGCUGCAGCUAUUGCUGCAUUUAGUAUUUCUGAUCCCAAGAGAAAACAGGGCAGUAGUCCCGGCAUUUUGGGUGGUAUUGUUAAAGGAUUAAGAAGAAGGAAAUCAAACAAGUCAAUUUGGCCCGGCUCGAAUUCAAUAUCUGAUUUCAGUCAUCUGGAGGACAUCUUCAUGAGAAACCCACUACCAGAACCAUCAACGACUGUAGAUGAGCAUGAAGAUACUGAACUCAGUAUAGAUGACAUUGAUAUUGAUGACUCUAUACCUUUGACAUCAUCAAGUUCAUCACAUCAAGUAGGUAACAGAGAUAAAGACAAAAUUAAUGAAAGAGAACAGCUGCUUGAUGAUGGUGCGGAGAUUAAGCCCAGAAUUAGAACAAAGGAAGAAAUUAUUGCUAAGUAUAGAAAUGUUGGGGACGCUUCAUCUGCUGCUGGACAAGCUAAAGAUAAGCUUCUCGAGCGCCAAGAAAAAUUAGAGAGAAUCAGCAGGCGGACUGAAGACCUGAAAGACGGAGCUGAGGACUUUGCAUCAUUGGCCAACGAGCUCGUCAAGGUUAUGGAAAAUCGCAAGUGGUAUCAUAUAUGA